AUGUAAAAGGCCCUUUGCCACCUGCAGCAGCUACACCAAUAAUCCUUCUUCCAUAUCCAUCCAUAAAGGCUUCAGCUUAAUUAAUACAUGGCAACUGCAACUGCAACUGCUUUCCUAAUUCUUCUACUGAGCGUUCCGGCAGCCUACGCUACGCAGUACGUGGUGGGUGACAGCGCUGGAUGGACCAAUUUUGGAUCAGAUUACGGCACCUGGGCCUCUGGUAAAACUUUCACCGUGGGCGACAGUCUUGUGUUCAACUAUGAUAGUUCCACACACAAAGUAGCUGAAGUACCCCAAAGCGACUACAACAGCUGCAGCGCAAGCAAUGCCAUCCAAACCUACAGCGAUGGAAGCACCACAAUAUCCCUUUCCAAGACUGGUUCUAUGCAUUUCAUCUGUCCUACUGCUGGUCACUGUAGCAGCGGCAUGAAGUUAUCUAUCAAUGUUGUGGCCGCCAGCACCACCCCUGCCCCUUCAUCAGGUUCCACAACCCCUGCUCCUCCAUCUGGCUCCACUCCCCCCUCUUCUGGCACCACACCCACCAAAGCAUCACCUCCACCGCCGGCCAAAAAUGGAGCUGCUACCAUUUUUUAUAGCAUGAAUAGUUUUGUUCUGCUUAGUUUCUUGCUUGCACUUGCAUUGAUUGGCUAGGGGAGAGGCAGUGCUGUUAUUGUUCUUCUGAAUUUGUGUGAUUUUAUUGGACAAGAGAUCGAUUAUGUACGUAUUUUUCUGUUUUUAUAUAUGAUCAUAUUUCGUGAAUAAUUGAUUUUUAUUGAGAGCUUAAA